CGUCCCAGUAAUAAUGCUAAGUGAUGGCUAGCUCGCGUGUUGACUUUCCUUUUGUACUGCAUGGGACUGCGGUACUUGGCGGAUAAUAUUGAGAUUGAGCACAUGCUCUGUUAUUUUCACUAAUUGAAGAGCUUCAAAGCUGUCCAGUUGCUGUAAGGGCCACCAUGACAUCCAAAGGGGCAAAAGACACCAUAGUCGCCAAACUGGGCUUCAAAUCCGGCAGCUCCUCCUCCAAAACCGAAGCGGAAAUGGAGCGAGUCAGGAGGGAGAACGCUCACCUCAGGAGGAAGAUGGACGAGUUGGCCAAGCGACACAGCAGGCCGCCUGACUCUGACAAAAGCAAGUUGCUCGAAAGGAUUGUUUCGCUGGAGACGCUUCGCGAGAGGAACAAUCAACAGUUGCUGGUCAAGGAGCAAGAGUUGGAAACGGUUAGGCAGCAGCUGUCAGCUAAAGGAGGAGAGGUGGUGGCGGCACUGCAAUCCCAGCUGGACCAGCGGCGCAAGGAUGCAGACAAGAGGGACCUUGACUUCCAGAAUCUUUCACAGGAGACUGAGAACCUGAAGAAUAAGCUGGCCACUGUUUCCGCCCGCUGCCAGUCUCUGGAGACGCAAGCGGUGAAUGGACAUUCAUCCACUGCAGACUUGGCCUUGGUACAGGAUCAACUGAGAGAUGCCCUGGAGAAGAACCAGCAGUGGCUGGUGUACGACCAGCAGCGAGAGGCCUUCGUCCAGUCGGUCCUCGCCCGCACCCACGAGCUGGAGCAGCAGCUGAGCCAGGCCAGGCGGCAAGACUCUACUUCUACCGCCGCCGCCGCACAAGAUGCUGCAUCUGAAUCCUCGGAGAAGGAGGCGCAGCUCAGGAGCCGCUACGAGCAGUCCGUGUUGGCCUCGCAGAAGCAGCUGGACGAGCAGAAAGAUCAGCUCGCCAGAGCCCGGCAGGAACUCGUCAAGCAGAAGGAGGAGUGCGUCAAAAGUCAGGCCGAGCUGCAGCGCCAGACGGAGCGCGUGGCCCGGCUGCAGGAGGAGACGGCGGCGCUGCAGCGGCGCUUCGACGACAACUACGACGAGCUGUCGUCCCUCCAGAGCAAGUACAAGGAGAGGACUAAAGAGCUGGAGGAGGCCAGGGUGCAGAUGCAGACGGAGCGGCUCAGCAGCAGGAAUGCAGUGUCCGAGGAGAGGCAGGUGUCCUCGGAUCGAGCAGACAGGAUGAGAAUUGAACUGGAGAGCAUGGACCUCAGACUGGAAGAGGAGAGGAAGAGAUCUGCCGAGCUUCUGCUCCAAGUCACCCUGCUGCAGAAGUCUCUUCUGAGCCAGAAUGAAGAGCAGAGGAGGAUAGCGGCACUCGAGCAGCAGAUCCAGCUCUCGGUCAAAGACUUUGAGAAUGAGAAGAUGGACCGUCAGAGCGUGCAGCACCAACUUCACAAAGUCCUCAAGGAGCUUCGCAAGGCCCGUGAUCAGAUCGCUAAGCUGGAGUCUUCCAAGCAGCCCACCAGCCGCUUCUCUGAGCCCAGCUCAUACAAGGAGCUGGACGUGGAGCGCCUCACCCUCAACGACGCCCGCUCGCCCACGUCGCCCUCCAAAGCCGGAAGCCUUCUGGACGAGAGCUUCUUGGAGUGCCCCCGCUGCCGGGCUCACUACCCCACCAGCCGCCACCGGGAGCUGCUGGCCCACAUCGACUUCUGCUUGGCCUGAUGUGCGUGCGUGCGCGCUCCUGCCAUCCCCUCGCAGAAUUAUAAUCAUGCUUUCUUCAACUUCUGACUGGACACCUCUCCAUCCUGGCAGUAAAGUAAACAAUUUCGAAAUCAAGAAGCCCACUUUAGGUUUUUUUUAAAUGCCAAAAAUUGAUUUUUGGGGACUUCCUGCUUCCAGUGUCAAAGCUUAGUUCUUGUGUCUCAAGUUGUAUUUAUUCUUUUGGUUGGUUUUUCAUUGAGCUACUUACUUUUUCAAGUUACUAUACUCAUAAUGUGCUCUUUUUAAGAUAUUGAGGGAUUAUAUUUGUUUUUAAGCAGUGUGUGAUUGUGUAAGGGACAAAACCUUGUUCAUGAUUAUUAUUGGAACAUGCUUGAUUUGACACUCCAGCCUGCUUGGCACUUUUUUUAAAUAGCUUCUUUUUUUUUUGUGCACAGCAUAUGCAACAUCAGUGAGGAUGUUAUUUAUUUACUGUGCUUUGUGAACAUUUAAAUGGACAUUUUCUCAAGCAGACCCUCCCAUGUGGCGGUGACACUUUGUUGUCUUCUCUCAGCACUCAUAUUUUAUGUCUUUUUUUUUUUUUUUUUUUAUCUGCCCACUUGCAUCUCCACCUUGACAUGUAAUGCCUGCAGCCCCGCUAGGCUGCAACAAGAUUGCGUUGAGUUAAUUCCUUGUACUAAACUACUUAAGGCAGUGGAUUAGUCUUCUCGGUUGAAAGAAAUGUGUCUUGGUUACUGCUCACUUGGUAAAGUGACCUUUUUAGCUGUAUUUUUUUGGGGGGUAGGAGUUUGUCAUUUCCAUCCUUUUGUGCUUAAGCCAUCUAAUCAUGUUAUUUUCCUCAUACUGUAGUGUGCAAUAAAGGUGUGGCGAUACUUUG